AUGGCAAAUCGCAGUUUUGAACCUUACAACACAGGCGUCAAGAGCAUUAUUGAGUCAGUCGUGGAGCAGCUUUUACUGGACACCAACAGAAAAUUUAUUUGGGUGGAAACUGCAUAUUUGUGGAAAUGGUGGACCAGUCACAAAAAUGAGACAUUGAAAUAUAUAUUUAAGAAAUUAGUGGCUAGUGGGCAAAUUGAGUUAACAGGGGGAGCGUGGAGUAUGAAUGAUGAAGCCGUGACCCAUUACCAGAGCACCAUUGACCAGUUCACAUGGGGACUCCGACGCCUGUCUGAUAUUUUUGGCGACUGUGGUCGGCCGCAUGUAGGCUGGCAAAUCGAUCCUUUCGGCCACUCAAGAGAAACAGCCUCCAUAAUGGCUCAAAUGGGCUUUGACGGACUCUUUUUUGGUCGACUCGACGAGGAUGACAAGCAGAAUAGGAUGAGAAUGAAAAGGAUGGAAAUGAUUUGGCGAGGGAGUGAAAAUCUUGGCACUGAUGCAGAUCUCUUUACAAGUGUAUUGUACAAUCAAUACAGCCCUCCGAGAGGUUUUUGUUUUGAUAUUUGGUGUGGCGAUUACAUUAAUGAGGACCCCCGAAAGGGCAAUGUUAGGCAAAAAGUGUUUGAUUUUAUCAUAGCCGUGGGAGAUCAGAAGAAAAAGUAUGCGACAAACAAUAUUCUUUGGACCAUGGGAAACGACUUCAAUUACAUGGUCGCUGAAAAGUGGUACAAAAACAUGGAUGUUCUGAUCAGACACGUCAACAAUAUUUCGCUGGAAACUGGAGUCAAGAUCGUCUAUUCCACUCCCUCUUGCUACCUCAAAGCCCUUCACGAUGAGAACCGAAGUUGCUCAGAUGACUUUUUACCCUACGCUGACGCAUCCCACUCGUACUGGACAGGCUUCUACACGUCCAGACCAAAUUUGAAAAGAUUUGAACGUGUGGGAAAUAAUCUUUUGCAGGUUUGCAAGCAAUUGCACGUGUUGACUGGCACUAGCGAAAGUGAAAAUUUGAACUCAUUGAGAGAGGCGAUGGGCGUUUUGCAACAUCACGACGCCAUCACAGGAACAGAAAAGCAAUUUGUGGCCGAGGAUUACGCCAAAAUACUUGACCGGGCAAUGAGUAAUUGUGACGAAUCAAUUUCUACCUUCUUGAAUAAACUGUUGAGAGAAAAUAGUGCCGAUCCUAGGGAGGAGCUGAAAUUUGAAAGAUGUCCACUUUUGAAUAUGAGCCAAUGUGCAGUUUCUGAAAACAGCAAUUCUUUUUUGGUGACCGUUUAUAACCCCCUGGCCAGAGUGAUUAGCAAAUUCAUUAGACUUCCAGUUAAAUCAAAUCAAUUUAACGUCAUUGAUCUGUCGACAGGUCAGCAGCUUGAAGUUCAGAUGGUACCGGUGCCAUGGGAAGUGAAAAAUAUUCCGAUAAGAAAAAGUGGUGCGACUCACGAACUCAUUUUUGAAGCCACCGACCUGCCACCUCUGGGUUUCAAAACAUUUCACAUUACUUCAAGAAACAAAAUAAUUUCCGUAAAUAAAGAAGAAGGUGAAAAAAAUCAAUUUGAAAUUUCAAAUGAGCAUGUGAAGAUUCUAAUUGAUGACGAAUCUAAGUUGAUAAAAUCUGUAAUUGUGGAUGGCUUUGAAAUUUCCUUAACUCAAGAGCUUCUGUACUACCGGUCAGCUAUCGAUGAGCAGGUUAAUGACGAAUUUCUGAGAUCCUCUGGCGCGUACAUUUUUAGGCCGAAUGAAAACGAUCCAGAAGAUAUUGACCCCUCAUCACCCGCAAAAAUCGAAACCUUCAAAGGAUCUCUUGUGCAAGAAAUUCACCAGAAAUUUUCCUCCUGGGCAAGCCAAGUUAUAAGAAUUUACAAGGGACAAAAGCAUGUUGAGUUUGAAUGGCUUGUUGGUCCGAUUCCGACUGAAAAAAACGAAACAGGGAAAGAAGUGAUUUCGCGUUUCUCAACGAAUUUGAAAACAAAGGGCGAGUUUAUGACCGAUUCAAAUAGUCGAGAGUUCCUGACCCGCAAAAGGAACUCAAGGGAAUCCUGGUUGGCGAAUAUUAAAGAACCUGUUGCUGGGAAUUACUACCCUGUUACGAGCGCUAUUUCAAUUGGGGAUGAAAACGUGACAAUUGCGGUAUUGACCGACAGGGCUCAAGGUGGAAGCAGUAUUGAGGAUGGAAGCCUUGAAUUUAUGGUUCACAGGCGGCUGGUCCAAGAUGAUGGUUUCGGCGUCGAAGAAGUCCUGGACGAACUUCAAAUGGGGGUUGGAAUGGUAGCUCGAGGCCGCCACAUUCUUCUAAUCGAGCCAAACGACAACAAAAAGUCGCAUUCCAACUCGCUGAACUUGAAUACAACAAAAAUCCGCGAAACUGUGCAGAAGGAGGUUGUUUUGGAGCCGACUCUGUUCUUCGCCCCUGCGCCUGCGGAGUGGGGGCAAAAUAUGCGUUACUUGGCGGCGGAGUUUUCCGGGUUGAAAAGUUCCCUGCCAAAAAGUAUAAAUUUACUCACUCUUGAGCCUUGGAAAGAUGCGAAAGUUUUAUUGCGACUUGAGAAUAUCAUGGAUAAAAACGAAGACGAAAUAAUAUCGCAGCCUGUGCAAGUAUCUUUAGAGAAUAUUUUGAAGCAAAAAGCCAAAGAAAUUACAGAAAUGACUUUGGGUGCUAAUCAAAAGUUAGCAGAGAGCAGUCGAUUCUCUUGGAGAUCCGAAGUUCCUUUCAAAAGCAGUUCGUCUCUACCGAAAAAUCUUGUGGACAAAUCAAAUAAUUUCACAGUUAUUCUGCAUCCGAUGCAAAUCAGAACAUUUAUAAUUGGCUUUUAA